UCUGUGACUCAGACCUGCCAUGGCGCGACCCACUCAGGGUCUCGGUUACCCCGGAUCCAGCGGUCUGGACGAGGUAUAAGUAGCCCGCUACGCUUGACCUCCCAUUUAACAGUAUGUACUGUACUGUCCUGUCCUGCCGAGUACUACCAUCCCCCAACCCUAACCACCAUGCCAUUCAACAUCAUCAUCGUUGGCGCCGGCCUCAUCGGGCCUCGCCACGCGCAAACCGUGCAAGCCAACCCCUCUACCCACCUGCUAGCCCUCAUCGACCCCUCCCCCUCCGCCGCCCAAACUGCCGCCACCCUCCAAACCCUCUACUUCCCCUCCCUCGACGCCCUCCUUGCAUCCCCAUCCAUCCCGCGCCCUGACGCCGCCAUCGUCUGCACCCCGAACCACACACACAUCCCCCUUGCCACCACCCUCCUCAGCAACAACAUCCACGUCCUCCUCGAGAAACCCAUCAGCGACGACCCAUCCACCGCGCGCGCCCUCCUCUCCACCCUGACCCCGACCUCCCCGAAACUCCUCAUCGGCCACCACCGCCGCUUCAACCCCUACAUCACCGCCACCAAGCAGCUUCUCACCACCAACGCCCUGGGCCCGAUCAUCGCCCUGAACGGCCUCUGGACCCUCUACAAACCGGACACCUACUUCGCCCCGCCCGGCGACUGGCGCCGCAGCACCGAAACCGGCGGCGGGGUCCUCGCCAUCAACCUGAUCCACGACAUCGACCUCCUGCACUACCUCUUCGGACCCAUCACGCGCGUCUUUGCCGAGCAAACCGCCCCGACCCGACCCUCACCCCCGCACGCCGCCGAAGAAGGCGCUGCGAUCACCCUCCGCUUCGCCUCCGGCGUGGUCGGCACCUUCCUCGUCUGCGAUGCGACGCCCUCGCCGUGGAGUUUCGAGGCGGGCACGGGCGAGAACCCGCUCAUCCCGCAAGUGCAGGGGGAGGGAGCGGAGGGCUUUUAUCGGAUCUUCGGGCAGCGGGGCUCGUUGAGUGUGCCGGAUAUGCGGCGGUGGAGUUAUGAGGGGCGGGCGGAGAGGAGUUGGAGUGAGGAGUUGGUGGUGGAGCGGCGAGAGGUGGAUAGGACGAGCCCGACGCCGUUUGCGCUGCAGUUGGCGCAUUUUGUGGAGGUCAUCCAAGGGAAGGUUGAGCCGGUUUGUACGGGGGAGGAGGCACUGAGGGCGUUGCUGGUGGUGGAGGCGAUUGGAAGGGCGUUGAGGACGGGACAGGUGGUGGAUGUGGAGGGUUAGUUAGUUAGUACGUACUUUGUUAUGCGGCGAUUAUUCUAGAAAGCGCACGAGUGUGGGUUGGGGUGUUGUUCGUGUAUUGGGCUCUUCUUUUCGUGAGACUUGUCAUUAUUGGAGACUACCUAUAGUUAUUGGAAGGAUCGUGGCUCAGACUGGCUGCGCCUGCGGCAUCACAUCCAUUGAGAAUAUGAAUAC